AUGGUAAGGACGGUAAAGAUGGAGCUGCUGAGAGCACUUGUCAGCGAGCGCUUGUCCGCGGCUGCCGAGGAGAUCUUCGGAAUUGUAGAAAAAACCAUCGUAGAAUACGAAAAUGAAAUGUCCUGUUCGACGUGGGUGGUGGACAGCAACCGCAGACUGCUGGAUGUUGCCAAGUCACACGGCGAAGACCACCUGCCUGUGUAAUAAAUGUUGUUUACUCCUUUGCUUCAAACUCUCUCCACAGAUGUGACGUCGCAGUGCGGUCAGCAGCAGCCCGCUGCUAGCGUGAACGUCAGUGUGUGCUGGGAGGAGCCAGGAAACGCCACGCCAGAGCCAACAGAGGACCGUCCCAACACAAACAACACUGGUCCUGACUCCUCUCCUGCCAGUGAAAACGAUCCGGAGAUACUGAUCGAUAUUGAAGAUGACGACGUGAAGCAGGAGUGUGACCCCAACACGCCUUUGAAAAUCCCAGAGGUGAAGAAACCGUUCGAAUGUCCCGUUUGCUUGAGCAGUUUUUCUUCCAAAAAGACGAUGGUGCAACACAUCAAAAAGCAUCCAGAGGACAAUUUGCUGCUUUACCGGUGCCAGUUCUGCGACCGCUGCUUCUGCCACAAGUCUGAAUUCAUCGUUCACAACAGAACACACAAAGGCGCCAAACCAUACAAGUGGCCAGACUGUGAGAAAAGCCUUGACGAGAGGGAUAGUCUGCUUAUUCACAGUCAAAAACACGCUGAGGAGAAACUGUAUCAGCGUUUUAGUGCAAUGGUGGAGGCAGAAACUCACUUCAGAUCAGUGACACUUGCCAGUAGGAUUGAAAAAGAGAUGGACUGCAGACAGGAUGAAUCUGGCAAUAAGACAUUUCCACUUACUAUCACUCCCUAUGAUAAAAGUGAGUUUCAUCAGGUGUCUCCACAGCCACUGUGUCUAUACCAAAUCCAGACUGUUACUAAUAUAAAUAAUGAUCCCUCAGCUGCAGUUCCAGUUGACCCCAUUAAAACCGAGCCAGCUGGAGCUGAUAGCGGAGUGUUAGACGGUGCCACAGAUGACGAGUUGCUCCUUUCAGUGCACCCAAGUGAACAGGGUGAAAGGGAGACCGAGCCUAAACGUCUCAACGUGGAAAAUGUCCUGCCGAGAAGACCUUCAGGGAAACCCACCGAGCUCAUCGUUCAGUUUCAAGCAGGAACGGCGCAGCAACCCUUCAAGUGUCCUUGUUGCGCCAAAUGUUUCUCCUUGACCAAGACUUUAAUAAGACACUUACGGAUCCACACAGAGGACAAACCGUACCAAUGCCAGUUUUGUGGGAGGAAUUGUCAGAAGUCAGACCUGGUCAAUCACACGAGGAUACACACAGGAGAGAGACCAUACCAGUGCCAAGAAUGUCACAAAUCAUUCACACAGAAAGGCAACCUGGUGGUUCACAUGAGGAAACAUAAAGGACAGAAACCUUAUCAGUGCCAGGAGUGCAGCUGUAGCUUUUCCAAGAGGUCAUAUUUCAACUGUCACAUGCAGAGCCACAGAUAG